UUUGAAUCCAGGGACAUGGCAGCCUUCAGAUCUGCUUGGGCUAACCUGUCCCAGGCCAUCAGGGUAGCAAAGCACACAUAUGGACGUAAAAUCCAGUGUCAACUCAUGGACACAAAUGAUGCUGCGUAUGUGGCAGGGCUUGCCGGCCAUCACUUACUACAAGACUACGCCUGUGACAGCGACGCCUUCCUCCCAGGGACACUGAAUGACUGCUAUGCACGGUUCAAAGCCAUAAACGACACAGCCACCAGGAAGGCUGCAUCCCACCCAGAUGACCAGUGCGUACACCGUCUUGAAGUUUAUGAUGAUGUGGAUGCUGGUGCUGCUGGCAGAUUUCAUCCUUGAAUUCAGACUGGAGUACCUGUGGCCAUGCUGGCUCUUCUUCGGGAGUGUAUACACCACUUUCCACUGCCAUGGGCUGGUUAUUUGUGUUGUUUUUGUUUGUGCUGCCUUCACUCUGGACAUCUUUUGUUUAAUUUUUGUUCCUUUGCACUGGCUGUUCUUUGUGGCGAGCACCUAUGUUUUAUUCAAUUACAUAUGGCACACAGAGAAAGGCAUCUGUAUAUCAACGGUGUCCCUGUGGAUUCUGCUUGUGUACACAGAAGCUUCACUUCGACUCAAAGACCUUAAAACCUCUCAUGCCAACCUCUCUCACCUUUUUGCUGCACACUGCAUUGGAUAUCCUGUAGUGUAUCUGGGUUUUUAUGCCACCUGCUAUUUCACCAACAUCUUUAAGCUGCGCAUACAGAAAGCAGUGCAGAGUGAGAAUGACUUCCACAUGCACCUCCUGCAGCACUCGCUCCCUCCAGGCCUGCAGGUUUACCCCAAGACUGGCACAGAUGGCAGCAGCAGCUCAAAAUGGAAGAUAAAGCCCGAGUCGACUCAGUAUCAGUGUCAGAACAGUGCUGUAGUGGCCCAUGAUGAGGGACACACUGUAGAUUGCCUCCAGAUCCGCAGCGAGGAGAGAGCAACAGAGAAGGGAACACAGGAGGUGAGGUCAGCUGAAUCAAACCGGCGGCCAUCACCAUCCAAACCUGGUGAGUCCAGAGAUCUGCUCCACUGUGGGGCAGGAGGAGCAGAAUCCUCUACAACCCUGGAAAAUCUACCUCAAGAUGAGCCAGGAAGCAAAGCCACACGGCCGGCUAAAAGCUCCUCGCCAAAAGCCCGCAGAGGCAGCACAAACACUCCUUCACCACCUGCAGGGAGGACUGAGAAGAAACAGAGAUCCGGCUCAAAAACAGUCAGCCCCAACCGGGACGUAACAGACAAGAGUGCCACAGCAGCUCAGAAUUACCAUGCUGAACAGAUGACCAAGCUGGAGCAGGAGCUGAGGAGGCUGAAGGGCGAGGUGCAGGCGAGCAGGCAGAGUGAGCAGGAGCUGCGAAGUCAUAUCUGUAACUUGACUAACAGCGAGAGGAGCCUGAGACCAGAGGUUUCCCUCCUCAGACAGUCCAACAUGCUACUCCAGAGCAAGAUUUUGUGUCUGACUAAAACCAAGCAGAGGGACAAACAGAGCAGUGCGAUGCUGGAGAAGAAGACCAGAGCAGAGACUGAGGCCAGACUCUCUGUUGAGAAACAGUUGGCUGAGCUUCAGGCUCAGAAACUGGAGGAAGCAGCCAGCACAGCAAGGAGCCUAACAAACAGGCAGGAACACUGUGAAACCCAAAUGUUAAGGAAAAGAGUAAAAGAUCUAGAGACAGAGUACAAACAACUACAGCUGGAGUAUCAAGUGAAAGAGAGUCGUGUGGUAGAUCUAGAGAGGGAUGUUGAGGCUUUGGGAAAGUACCGCUGUGUGGAGAAAGAGACAGACAUGCUGCUGUCCACUCUGUCAGCCAUGCAGGAGAAAGCUCAACAUCUGGAGUACAACCUGAGCGCUGAGACUCGCAUCAAACUGGACCUGUUCUCGGCUCUGGGAGACGCCCGCAGACAGCUGGAAAUCGCUCAAGAUAAAGUGAUGAAGCAGGACCGGGAGAUACGGGAGAUGAAGCAGAAGAUUGCUGAGGUGAUGGCUGUCAGUCCCGGCGUAUCCUACAUGGCUCCUCGGCCCCAGGUGCCUCAGUAUCUCACCAAGUUACUCAACUCUGAGCGCUACAUGCUGAAUCCACGAGCACUGAUGUACCAAUGUCUGAAGAAAUAAAGGAUGUCAUCGCCUUUUUGAGAUUCACAGACCUCUGUGGCAGACCCCUUCAUCAUAAAACAUGAGGGGAAGGGGCUAAUGGAUUUUAUUACAGAGCUAAAUGACACCAUGAUGUCAUCUACUUCCAGCCAUGAGUGGAACCACAUUGAGCCUCCACAAGUCGAAUGCCUUUUGCUGCACUAAUGGUGCUAACUUGACAUUAUUAUAUAUAUUUCCUGUUUCACUCCAAAAUAAGAUAUCUGAUAUGCAGAACUGCUGUGGGCACAAUUUUUAUGUAAAGAUACACUUGUCCUAACAGCAUAAACCAUAGAGCACAACAUUUCUUCAGAUUCAGACCCUGUAGAUUUGUCUAAAUGAAAAUCUGGUUCUGGGUUCGGACCUUUCUACACAAGAGACAAGUGACAAAAACAAUGAAAUAAGUGUUUCCUAAACUCUUGUAAACGCUUUGUUCAAAGAAAGCUGAACCCAAUCAUUCUGGCGCUCGUCUAUGGUCAGAAAUGAUCUCAGAUCAGUAAACAUGAAUUUGCUGUUUACGCAUGUCACAUGUUUUCUGGAUAUUUCAAAUUAAAAUUUACAAGUAGAUAAAUCUUGCUACCCUAAGGACCCACAAGGUUCCUACUGUAGCUUUAACUCUGUACUUUGUACAACUGUAUUUCCUGGCAUCAAAGUAAAACUACCCACUAAAUAUUAUUUAUGACUUUAUCAAAAGUAUUAGACUUUAGUUGAAAGAUUUAUAAUAUAAUAACCUUUAUUAUAAUUAUCACAGAAUGAUCUUGAUUUGCAGUAAUAUUGACUAAAGCAUUCAAAAUAACAUGGUAAAAUUUUAAAGUCUUGUUUAUCCCUUGGAGUCAAAUGAUUUUUAGUAUAUAUUUGAACAAAAGGAUCUAAUAAACCUUUUUCGCAGCAGACAUUUUGACUUGUCAUAGCAGGAAAAGCACAGGUGUUAGUAAUAACACGAGAGCAAGUGUCCCAGUAAGUCAUGACAGUGUGACAGCAAACCAGCAUGCACAAUAGCAGGACCCUGAAACUGAAGCAGCUAAAUGGAAUUCAGCCAUCAUUUAAUUUAUUAUGCCUCUCCUACUGUGACUUGUCAAAAUGUCUAGUGUGAAAAAGGCCCAUUAAAAUAUAAAGAUUUAAGAUUUCAUGCUGUGACAGAUUUUGGUAAAACGCGUUCAUUCAGACGUGAGAACUGUGAAACGUGUCUCAAUAUAGAGAAAUGAUAAAUUAAUGAUAAUAUGGAAUCAUCUCCAAGCCCUAGUUAGCUGUGUUUGUGGACUUCCUUUGAAUUAUAAACAUAAAAUAAACCUUUAUUUGAUAAGAUACAAAUAAAUAUAAUUAUUAGCCAACAACAUCAGCAUAUUCAAAAUUUUUAAGGAGAGUAUGCAACAAGAUGUUCUUGUCUGUGCCUGUAAAUAGUGGCUUAAGAUUAUUUGAAUUGUGCUGAAAUUCAGAUGAAAGUCAUGGGUUCAUCAAAUGAACACUUUUUAAUAUCUAAAAUACAGUGUUCAGAGUUGCGGACAUUUCGAUUUAACAGGUGCAGUUUUGUAUGAGGCUUCCUGGCUGUAAUCUAGGAGUUUCUUGAGAACAAUUGGCAGUGAUGUUUAACUGUUGGAGUGACCUGAUAAAGUUGAGAUGAUGUAGUAAAGCUCGCCCUGAGCGGCUUUGUUUCAACUGACAGUUAACAACUACAUUUUGAUGUUUGGCAGCUCUCGGCAGAGAGAAAGUGUGAAAAGGCUUCUGAACGGUUGCCACUUUGUUUGGUUGGCCAGAAUUAGACUUUGUCCAUGAGUUAAUGUGGAGUUGUGAAUAACAAGGAAUGGUGUUGACCAAACAUGGUUCAUGAAUUUAAUUACUGUGCCUAUAUACAUUACUUUCAAACUGGGAAGUAAAACACAAAUUUAAUGUGAAAGAGUAAUGUGUUUGAAUUGAAGUGCUAUGUACUGUUUUUGUAGUUUUUUUUUUUUUUUUUUUUUUACUCACAAUGUACAGAAUUGAAAAUACCCACACAGCUGAAAAACACAUGAACUGGAUGUCGCCAUUUUGGUAGCUUUUUAUUUAGGGCGUGUUUCUAGGGUGUUUUUUAUCAAAAAUAUUUUUUAGUCUUGCUGUACUUUUAUUAUACUGCUGUAAUUUUGUACGGCAAUGUGUUUGUCAGCAUGAAAUGUGUUUUAUUCAACUGUUAUUUGAGCACACAUUGUGACUAAGUAUGUACAUGAAUAGACUUGUACAAGGGCUACAGUUUCUUAAAAUUUUGAACAAAUAAUUCAAACAGUGACGCUCUGAGGGUGGAGAUCACGCUUCUGAUACACCAGGAUGGGUUUUUUGUAUAAAUUAUUUAAACAAU